CCUACUGCAUCAAACGCAGUACGCAGAAGCUCCGACUGUUCCUCCCGAUUUGCAUCGCGUACUUGUACCGAUGGAGGGCGCUCUUCGUUUCAUAAUUUUGUGUAAUCAUGGCUGACCGCGACUGAACGAAGUGUCAGAAAGGAAGCAGCAGUAUGGAAUACACACAUAUUAUGAACAACCAGACGGAUAUUCAACAAUAUAAGAACGGAAACACUGUCAAGGACAUGAAUAAAAUACCUCAAAUCACAGACACCGAAGAUGAACCAUUACUGAAAGAAAAUCCAAGACGAUUUGUCAUUUUUCCUAUCCAGUAUCCCGACGUCUGGAAGAUGUACAAGCAGGCUCAGGCAUCAUUCUGGACAGUGGAGGAAGUAGAUUUAUCCAAAGAUCUGGCACACUGGGACAAUCUGAAGCCAGAUGAGAAACACUUCAUAUCUCAUGUGUUGGCUUUCUUUGCUGCAAGCGACGGCAUAGUCAAUGAGAAUCUUGUACAGAGGUUCAGUCAAGAAGUGCAGAUCCCUGAGGUCUGCUCUUUCUACGGGUUCCAGAUCUUUAUUGAGAAUGUCCACUCUGAGAUGUAUAGCUUGCUCAUCAACACAUACAUCAGGGACCUGAAAGAGAGGGACCACUUAUUCAACGCUGUCCAGACUAUGCCUUGUGUGAGAAGGAAAGCAGAUUGGGCUUUGCAGUGGAUUUCAGAUAUAAGAUCAACCUUUGGGGAGAGACUUGUGGCAUUUGCAGCAGUGGAGGGCAUCUUUUUCUCUGGGUCCUUUGCCGCCAUCUACUGGCUGAAGAAGAGAGGUCUGCUGCCUGGACUCACCUAUUCCAACGAACUCAUUAGUAGAGAUGAAGGUCUGCACUGCAAUUUUGCCUGCCUGCUCUACACCUACCUGGUGAAGAAACCUUCGGAGGACAGGGUGAAAGACAUCAUUACCAAAGCUGUCACCAUAGAGCAGGAGUUCUUGACAGAGGCUUUACCUGUGGAUCUCAUUGGGAUGAACUGUAAUCUGAUGAAGCAAUAUAUUGAGUUUGUGGCUGACCGGCUGCUUGUAGACCUGGGAGUGCAUAAAGUAUAUCAGUCAGAAAACCCUUUUGACUUCAUGGAGUCAAUCUCAUUGGAGGGGAAGACUAACUUCUUUGAGAAGCGGGUCGCUGAAUACCAAAGAUUUGGUGUGAUGUCAAAUAGUGUGAUGGACUGUGAGUUCACCCUGGAUGCUGAUUUUUAAUGCUGCCAGUAUUUGCUACAGAGCUAUUUAUUUUGUUUUUAUUUAAAAUGAUGGAACAUCAAAAAAGGAAAAAGCUAUCAAAUACUAAGAGGUCAAAGAAUGGUUUGCCAUAAAUAGUGUGUGCGCGUGCGUGUGUGUGUGUGUGUGUGUGUGUGUGUGUGUG